AUGGGCCCACUUCCCCGGAAGGUGAAGGGGCAGCUCCGUCACGUGACUCAGACCGGGCCCACUCACGUGUCCGGAGGCGGAAGUGCGGGCCGGCCGGGCCGGGCAGAGGCUGAAGGGCGCCGAGCCAGGCGACGGGACCUUGCGGGCUCAGGCUACUGGAAGCCUUUUUUCAGAGGCCGGUUCCUUCUAGUUACAAAUACUGUGAGCUGUGGGGCUCUCCUGGCAACUGGCGACACCCUCCAGCAGACAUGGGAAAUGAGGAAGGACCCGGAGCGGAAGCGGGAGCUGGGCCGCACAGCUCGGAUGUUUGCUAUUGGCUGCAGCAUGGGCCCGUUAAUGCAUUACUGGUAUCUCUGGUUAGACAGAGCAUUUCCUGCAAGUGGAUUAAAAGGAAUUAAAAUUGUCCUGAAGAAAGUCUUCAUUGACCAGAUCAUAGCAUCUCCGGCCUUGGGAAUCUGGUAUUUUCUGGGGAUGGGAUCGCUGGAGGGGCAGACACUGGAGGAAAGCUGGGAGGAGCUGAGAGAGAAGUUCUGGGAAUUUUACAAGGCAGAUUGGUGUGUCUGGCCAGCAGCUCAGGUGAUUAACUUCCUGUUCCUUCCUCCCAAGUAUCGGGUGAUUUAUGUGAACGUGGUGACCUUGGGCUGGGACACAUACCUUGCCUACCUCAAACACAGGCACAAGCAGCCACUCAGUGCCGAAGCUGAGCUGAAGAGCAGCAUGCAGCAUCACCACACUGGGGUGAAAACUGGCAGCUGACAAUCUGUUUGCAAGGACUGCUGCUCUGGUUCCAUCUGUCCCUGGGAGAUGCCAAUCAAGUGCUAAUUCCAGAUUCAUUCCUUGGAGAGGGAGCUGGCUCCCAUGCAGCCCAGAAAAAAUAGCCUGAUCAAGUGAACAAAAUGCUUCCUGGAAACAAAUCACUGCCAUUGUCCUAUGGCCGACCCAGCCAGUGGGUGUGGAAGAGAAACAUGAGCGGGUCUCUCUGAGUUAGCAUUUACCUUCCGAGCCACAAACCCAGUGAGUGACUUUUUAAAAUGAAGAUUCACAUGCCAACAGGAUGCAUAACAUGACUUUCUUAUUCCUCCACUGACUUCUGGGAAAGUUGGGCAGGUGCGGCACAUUACUGUUUGCCACUAAGUGAGCCACGAUCCUUAAAAUAAUCCCAUGUCUUGGAACCAACUUACUUUAUUCUCACUGUGUCUGAAAACUGUAUUUUGCUAUAAAUGGUGAUGUGCCAAAUUGUCACUUAUAAAAAAAAUUAUGAGACCUUAAUGACAUAGCUUGUCUCUAGAAACAGUAACUGCACUCCAGUGUGGGAAUUUAAAGCUCAUGCUCUAGGAAGUGGGGGCUGCUCACUUAAAGCUGGAGCUAUGGGGUUGGUCUUCCUUGCAGCCAGGCUGAGUGGCUGCACACACUGAUCUAAGCUCGGGCUUGAAGGGGGGAGCCUGGAUCAGUCAGACCCAGCUUUGUAGAAAGAGCCCCCAGUCCAGGCUUAAGAGAAAACAGCAACGGAGUAGCUGGGGUCCCUUCCAUCACAGACUGGUGAGUGCGAGCCCAUGUGAGGCCUCGCAGAGCCAGGGCGUUCCAGGACUGGAACUAGUGCGGCACUGUGGUGCCUGAACCCCUCUGAUCAAGGACUCACCCACUGGGCCUGCUGAAAAUGAGCCCAAAUGACUUGUGAUCAGCAUUAAUUAAUUUAUUUCAUCACAACAGCUCUUGAAUACAGUGAUCGUUAGGAAAUUGUACUUUGACACAUUUGACAUUUGUACAGUACAGCGUAGUUUUUUCCAUAUAAGUAAACAUCACAAAAAUAGGAGGUUGGAUGUGUGUAUCUGUAAAGAGGGUUCACCAAGAAAAAUAAAUCAAGGGAAGCAA